AUGGACAGCGGCCACGCCCCAGAGUCCUCGCGUGCCGGCGCGCAAGCCUUCAACCUCACGAGCACCACCAUGCAGAACCAGAUCCACGAACUCGCCAAGACCCUCCCCCCGCCCCGGAAGCAGAACACCGCCUGUGACGCCUGCAGAGCCCGGAAAGUCAAGUGCAACCAGCUCCCCGGCCAGGACAAGUGCCAGCACUGUCUGUCCAAGAACUACCCAUGCACACACUUUGUCCAAGCCGCGACGACAGAAAAGAAGCGCACCGCCGCUGCCUCCAGGCGGCCCCGAGCCCUCAGCUCGACCACCCAGACCCCGACCGCGAGUUCGUCCCUGGGCCCAGCAGCAUCAGAACAGCCUACGCCCGGCCACGCCCCAACGUCGCCCAAUUACCCCAACACAACCGCCCUCCGACCGACGCAAACGUACUGGCCGCAGUAUCACCCCGUCACUUCGCACACCUCCACGCGAGACCUACUCGCAUAUUUGUUCUCGCCCCCGGUCCCCAGCUCGACGUAUCACUCCUCCGCGGGACUCCCCGGUGCGUACGCGGACUGGGGUGGGACGGCGCCCCGCCUAGCCGAGGAAGCUUUCCGCUUCGAAGUCGCUCUGGACCUGGUCGAGGUCUACUUCCAGAUUGUGCACACGCGCCUGCCGCUGCUCAACCCUGCGCAAUUCCGCGCGAGGCUGCACUUUAGCCUGCAUCUUGCGUCGCAGUCGCGCAGCCACUCACCGCAUACACCGCCGUCUGCAUCCUCGACGUCAACGUUCCUCUCCAAGGGCGGCCUAACACAGAACGAUGCGCAUAAACCGCUCCAUCCCGCGCUUGUCGCGACCGUCAUUGCGUGGGGUGCUAAAUUCUCCGAGCACCCGCUGCUCUUAGCAGACCGUGCUCACAACGGUAACCAGAGCCAUAUUGCGAAAACACUCAUCAACCGUGCGCGCGACUUAGCGGAAGACCUGAAGGUUCAUCGUAUCCCAACAGCUGACCAUGUCGUGAUCGCGCUCUUGAUCGAACCCAUGCAGAAUCAAAAUAUGGAUGCUGCAGAUGGGUAUCACGGUUUCUGGCUAAUGUCCGCCAUCCGCCUUCUGCUCGACCUCCAGAUCAACCACAAGUCCGUCAUGUCGAACAUACAGGACCCGGAGGACCGCGGCACGAUGAUCUUCGCGUGGUGGAUGGCCUGCCUCGCCGACGCGUACCGGAGCGUGUACUACAGGCGCAAGCCGAUGCUGGACGACGACGAUUAUGAUAUUGAUUUCUACACUGUGGGUCCCGUCGCUCCCGAGCACCUCGAGACGCAGGGCACGCAGCCGUCGCCCCGGGAGCAGCUGGAGUUUCUGGGGUACUACCGCGCCUCGCACGCGCUCGCCCGGAUCUCCCGCCAGAUGUCGCGCCAGCUGUGGCGCCCCGCGACCGAGUCCGACGGGAUCCCGUUCGACAUCCUCAACAACUUCAUGAACCUCCUCAACGAUUGGCGCGAGGAGUACCUACACCACGUCGGCGUGCCGAACAACUUCGACUCGGGCUGGGACUUUGUGAGCGCCGUGACGGCCUGUGAGUGCUUCUUCCUCGCCUUCCGGACUGGCGGUGCGAGCGACGCGACGUACCACAUCAUGUGGAUCGUGCUCUUCAACGCAGUAGACGACUUUGGCAUCCGCGAGAUCAACGACCUCGAGCGGACGGGGAGCCCCGGUCACCUGCACCCCAAGGCGAUGGAGAUCGAGGGCCAGAAGCAGAAGGUUUUGGAUACCGCCCUCGCAUCCGCGACGCGCAUCGCGGGUCUGGCUGGCAUCCUCACGCAGAACGGCUAUCUGAAGCUCGACUCGGCGGUCAUGCACGUCAGCAUCAUCCAGGCGGGCAUACUGCUCGCGCGCCUCGGGCGGCCGGAGGUCAAGAACUGCAUCGACGGCCUGGAGCAGUAUAGCUACGCGUACGAGGAGUGCGCGGAGCAGGCCGCGGAGAUGCGCAAAAUGUACGCACAGGCCGUUGCUGGCGAAGUGGAUCUCGCCCACAUGAUGUCCGUGUACUCCCGGUCUGGCGGGGGCAUGGGCCCCGCGAGCAACGCGAUGGCUGUCGACCCGCCUAUGUUCGGUGGGUACGUCGGGUGA